ACUGAGUCAAUAUUGACCCACUCGCCCAACCAUUAUCUGAAGGCUUGGCCCUGUCACUGCAUGGAUCUCAUUCCCCUUGGUGCUUUUAAUGGGGAGAGUGGCUUUCAGUUGAGAAAACCCUUUGUCUUGUGAGAAGGCAGUUGGACUGUUAAACGACCACAAGGAAACUGGCCAUACUUAUUUGUAGUACACGACGAAGAAAGGCAGAAAUUUGCUGUGAUUGUACGCAGGUCUCCAUUCAAUACUGACUGACUGCAGAAAUAUCAAGAGAACAGUAGCUGACUGGGUGAAAGCGAUUGUUGGAAGAGCAGCUGUCUCCCACCAGUCAGUCAACUGGUAUCACAGAGGUCAGACCCCCGUACAUCAGUUGACUAGCACCUCUGACUCUGAAGCUAAAUCUGGGUGUAGCCAUUCUUAUGGCGCAGUGACUGCCACCACACUAUGUAUGUUUGUUGGUAUAACAACGCACAGCAACCAGCGAUCCCUGCUCUACCUGGCACCCUACAGUACGCCCCCACUCCAGUGGCAGCCACCUCACCCCCUGCAGCACUGCCCGCACCACCUGAGCUUCUGGUACCCAUAACGGCACAACAACAGAUCCUCAGUGCCCAACAGUCCGUGCUGGCAACUGUUCCUUUACCCAGAAAGAGAGGCUCAGAAGAACUAAUGUCGCUCAGUCCUAUGGUAACAAAUGGAACCAGCAUGAGCCCACAGCAUGCCCAGAAUGACAUCACUAAUGAUGCCAAAAAGGUGAAGCUGGAUGAGAAUCAGCUAAAUGGGCCAUCACGGGUUGUCCACAUCCGCAGUCUGCCUCAUGAUGUCACCGAGACAGACAUUGUACAGCUGGGCAUGCCAUUCGGCAAAAUGAUCAAUGUCUUACUUCUCAAACAGAAAAAUCAGGCUUUCCUGGAAUUUACCGAUGAGAUGUCUGCACAGAACAUGGUUGCCUACUACCAGACAACCCCAGCCCAAGUGCGCUCCAAGUUGUGCUAUGUCCAGUUUUCAAACCACAAAGCCCUCAACAUCAAGACUGAUGCACUACAUGCCUACCAGAACGCCACAGCUCAGGCUGCCCUCCAAGCAGCACAAGCCGUGAUGCAUGCUCGGAACCCUGGCAGCAACCCCGCGGCUCUUCUCACACAGGAAUCCUCCUCAUCUUCAGACCAGCCUUGUAUCCUCAGAAUUAUUAUAGACAACAUUUUAUACCCAGUCACACUGGAAGUUUUACACCAGGUAUUCUCAAGAUUUGGAAAGGUUUCCAAGAUCAUUACAUUCACAAAGAACAACCAGUAUCAGGCCUUAAUACAGUUUGCUGACUGCAUCUCGGCUAGAACAGCAAAAGAUUCUUUGGAUGGUCAGAAUAUUUACAACGGGUGUGAUACGUUGAAGAUCGACUACUCGAAGCUGACCAACCUGAACGUGAAGUACAACAAUGACAAGAGUCGGGAUUACACGCGUCCUGAUCUGCCGUCGGGCGAUGCUGCAAUAGACCAAGCAUUACAGUUUUGUGAUUUAUACACCAAUCCUUGUGCACCUGGGGUUAUAUCGUCGCCGUUUGCCGCUGUGCCUGGGCUUGGACACCCCCACCUUACUGCAUAUGGUGCUGCCGCUGCUGCUGCCACGGCUGGAGGUAUGCCGCUUACUGGUUCUCAGUUAUCCAUCCAACCAUCCAUAAUGACUCGAAACUACACACACGGUGCCCCUGGUUUUGGUGGUCUAGCAGCUAUGCCAACAGCAAUGCCAGGAUAUGGACCACUUCCAGGAGCAUUUGGUACAGCACGUCUCGGCAUGCCUGUACCAAUUCAGUCAGGAAGUAGUGUUAUUCUCGUCUCAAACCUUGACGAACAGAGUGUCGCGCCAGAUGCUCUUUUUACCCUUUUUGGCGUGUAUGGGGAUGUUCAUCGGGUGAAGAUAUUGUUCAACAAGAAAGACAAUGCACUCAUACAGAUGGCGGAACCCAACCAAGCUCAACUCGCCAUAACUUUCCUGGACAAAGUGAAGGUGUGGGGCAAGCCUAUCAGGGUGGCUCAGUCCAAGCACUCUGUGGUUCAGAUGCCCAAAGAUGGACAGCCUGAUGCUGGCUUGACAAAAGAUUACACCAAUUCACCUCUGCAUCGCUUCAAGAGACCAGGAUCAAAAAAUUGCCAGAAUAUUUUCCCUCCAUCUGGGGUCCUUCAUUUAUCUAACAUUCCACCAAAUGUUGAAGAAAGUGAAAUCACAGAUUUGUUUUCAGAACAUGGAACUGUGAAAGCCUUUAAGUUUUUCCCAAAAGACCGAAAGAUGGCCCUGAUCCAGAUGAACACAGUUGACGAGGCAGUCAUCGCUUUAAUAGCUUUGCAUAAUCACCAGCUGAGUGAAAGCAGCCAUUUGCGAGUGUCAUUCUCCAAGUCAACUAUCUGAAAGAAAAUCCACAAGACUGUAAUAGUAACUCACGUAAUGCCUCCUUGACGACACUGUUUGACUGAUUAAAAUUAUGAUGCCGAAACUUGUCCCAUAAUGUGCCAGGCAUGUUGAUUUGAUGUUGGCCAGAAGAGAAUCUGCCUGUGGUGUUGAAGAGACGCUGAUGCAGGGAACAAGUGCCUUUUAUGUAAAUUCUGUAGAUUCGUGCUCCACUUCAGCUCUUGCCACAAAUGAGCAACAUUAUAUACUUGAAGGAACUGCAAUGGAUAGUUGUUUUUUUACGGGUUGGAAGGUCAUAAUUAUUAACUUUGUUUUGGUUAGCAUUGGUGAUUAUUUUUCCAUUAUAUUUUUAGAUAUAUUAAGAUAAAAACAAAAUUGAAGUUGACAAGGGAGAGUGCAUUAAUUUCACAUUUGUCCUUGCUUACUUCAUAUUGGAGCAGACUUCAAACUAAUAGUACUGAAACAAAAUGGUAAUACAGUUGACAAAAAUGAGCCUGCAAAAGAAUAAGGCAGCAAUUCAUUAUGUUUGCACCAUUUUUGUCCAUUGCAAAACAAAAUAAAGAAGAUAUAUAAUAAUUUUUGUAUUGAGAACA